CAAAUAAACUACGACCGCCUGGAAGAAACACAUCCAAGCCAACUCGUUGUGAUUAAUUAUUCAGCCCUUAGACAAAAAACAAUAAUAAUCGGGCUCAAAGGAUUGAUACAUUUACAUCCCCAGAAUAUACCUACCAAAUGUCAAUCUGAUCAGUCAAUGAAGUACGAUGACGGAGUAGUGAUUUCACUUCGUACUAAACAACUACAAAGUGAGUGGGUGACCUUAUGAGCCUGCCCCCUUGACGAUAUAAAACACUUAAUUUGUGGAAAACUUUACAGUUUGAUCCGCACCUAAAAACGUGUGAUUCAUUUUUUUUUUUCCAAUUGUUAGAUCAGAUGUAUAUUUUUAAGUGUAUUUUAUUAACAUGUAAUGGCACUUUUAUCUUUUUAGACCACCUCCAAAACACUGACAUACAUACACGCACAGAUAAAAAUCUGUAUGUGAAAUAUCCUUCUCAAAAAUAAAAGACAUGGCAUAGCAGCACACGAAGUACGCAAGUACUGUACUACUCCCCCUAGUGGCUCGAAACAGAAUAGAGGAUGACAUCAGAGCCAUCCGAUUGUUCUAGCUGUUUAAAUGAACAUCAAUCUGAUAGCAUUUUGAACGUGAGCAGAAUUGAAAAGCUGCUUCCAUCCAUCUUAAACAUCUCAGGGUGCGCCACGUGAACGCGCUCCACUCCCCCCACCCGCUCUGUCUCUCUCUCUCUCUCUCUUGCUUGUUUCCCCUGUCUUCUUUCCGUGCGCGCUCCCGCUACCGACUCCUGGCGAGAAGGGAGCCCAGAGCACAGACGAUCCUCGGCGGGGGAGCGAGAAAGAUGGAGGCGCGGGUCGGAGGGAGACUGCUGUGGCUGGCCGCGCUGUCCGGCUUCCUUUGCAUUGACACGGCGCUCGGGAAAUACGUUAAAGGCGUCGUGGACACUAAAGAGGACUGGAUUUUCCUCACUCGCUUUUGCUUCCUCACCGACUUUGGACGCCUGGACUUUCGAUUCCGUUACCCUAAGUCUCGCUGCUGUCAGAACAUAUUACUCUACUUUGACGAUGCUUCUCAGUGGCCAGCUGUGUACAAGAGGCCUGAAAAGAACUGCGACCAGAAGGAGGCGGUGCUGAGGCCUGAGAACAACCAGGUCAUCAAUCUCACCACUCGCUACACGUGGUCGGGAUGUGUGGUGGAGGGCGAGGGUGACGACGAGGUGCUGAGUUGCGUGGGCGGCCGCAGUUUCCGCUCAGUGAGGGAGAGGUGGUGGUACAUCGCUCUCAGCAAGUGCGGAGGUGAUGGCCUUCAACUGGAGUAUGAAAUGAAGCUGACCAACGGACAGUCUUUCUGGACGCAGCACUUUUCGGCUGACGAGUUUGGGAUCUUGGAGACAGACAUUACAUUUCUGGUCAUUUUCUCUAUGGUGUUCCUGCUCUCCUGCUACUUCGCCUACAAUCUGAAGGGGAGACAGCUUCUUCACACCACCUACAAAAUGUUUAUGACGGCCGCAGGUGUUGAGGUGCUCAGCUUGCUGUUCCACUGCAUCUACUGGGGCCUGUACGCUCAGGAUGGUGUUGGCAACGGCAGCUUGAAAAUACUCGGGAAAUUACUCUUCUCCAUCAGUUUUCUGGUGUUCCUGCUUAUGCUCAUAUUGCUGGGCAAAGGUUUUACCGUCACCAGGGCAAGGAUCAGCCAUAGUGGCUCGGUGAAGCUGAGUAUCUACAUGACCGUCUACACUAUCACUUAUGUCAUCCUUUUCAUCUAUGAGGCCGAGUUCUUCGAUCCCGGUGAGGUUCUGUACGCCUACGACAGCCCGGCGGGCUACGGGCUGAUGGGCCUGCAGCUACUCGCCUACGUGUGGUUCUGCUACGCCGUGCUGGUCUCGCUCAAGCACUAUCCUGAAAAGCAGCCCUUCUACGUCCCCUUCUUCACCACCUACACGCUGUGGUUUUUCGCCGUGCCCGUGAUGGCUCUCAUCGCCAACUUCGGCAUCCCCCGUUGGGCUCGCGAGAAGAUCGUCAACGGCAUUCAGCUUGGCAUCCAUCUCUACGCUCAUAUCGUUUUCCUGGUGAUCACACGGCCAUCGGCGGCCAACAAGAACUUCCCGUACCACGUGCGCACGUCUCAAAUAGGGAUCCUGCUGUCCAGCCCCAAAGGAGGUGAGGGCGGCGAGAGCUUCCCACACCACGCGUACGGGAACGGCUCCUUCCUAGGAGACUCCCAGCCCAACUUCACUGAGCUCUUUUCCAUCCAUUCGGAUCCGGUAAAGACGGUAGAGGAAACGGUACCCCGUAAAGUCCCCGACGUGCCGAGGAACAGCGAGCAGAAGAUCAUCACCACUUCCGCCGCUGUUGACGAUCUGGCGUCAGUUUUGCCUCCGCUCCCGCCCCCUAUACCGCCACGUCCGGCCUCCGCCGCGCGUUCGACACCUCUCCCCGUGCGACUCCCGUCUUUCACCGAGUACUUCAGCAUGCAGAGUGGAGGAGGAGGGGGAUUCGGAUCAAAAGCGUGAGACGGAUAGAGGACGGACCCAGUAAGUACAAAAUAACAAAGACAUUUUGAAAAUGGUCCUGAAGGAGCCCACAAAAGUUUGGUUUUAGAGAAGCAAUAAAUAUUUGACCGAUAGAACAUCUUUGAGCGCCAUGUGGGUGGGGAAAUUGACAAAAUCCCCAAAUGGCAUUUUUUCUUGGUGGUGAUUGUAAAUAGCUUGACAGAGGUCGCUUGCUGUCAUUUUUAUUUUCCACAAUCUUUUUGUUACUUUUGAGCAUCAGAUGACACCAUUACAUUUGACCUCUUUUUGGAAAAAAAUUACUUUUUUUUUUCUUAAAUUAUUAUUAUUUUUUACAUUUUGAUAGAAAAACAAUAGUUAGUUAUCGUUAUUAGGGAUUUUUUUUUCUAUUGCUACAGUGGUAGCCUGACUUGAAAGUUGAAUUCAAUCUGUGACAUAGCUCAUAACUCAAUUUAGUCCAAUAUCAAAUUAUGAGUUGAUGGGCUUACUUCUUUAAUUUGGACCACUUGUGAGUGGGUGCACUCCUAAGCCAAGCUACCAUUGUACUCUUCGCCUUCAUCGCAGCUGGUUAUUCUGCAAUAGUGAUAUACUGGGGGGAAAAGAAAAAGAAGAAUGCAUGUUUGUAUUGUACUUCCCGUCCACAAGCCGUUCUCAUAGGUAUAUAUGUAUUUCAUAUGUACUGUAUACAGUAUAUAUACAGUAUUAGCUUAUGGUCUGUGUUGAACACUGAACGUUUUAUUACACACAAUAGGUUUCAGUGUUAUAUUCAAAGCAUUUGGCCCACAGUGUAAAAGUAGCUGAUGUCGGCUACAUUUGGUGAAUGUAUUCAUGCCAAACAGCACAAGGAGAUUUUACACUCGCUGCUCAUUUAAGCCUUCAAAAUACAGUGGUACCUCUACAUACGAAGUUAAUCCGUUCCAGGACCUAGUUUGUAAAUCGAAAUGGUUAUAUGUCGAGCAGGGUUUUCCCAUAAGAAUACAUUACAAUUCCAUUAAUUCGUUCCACUGCCCGAAAACCGACACUAAAUCCUUAAUAAAUACUGCCGGCACUGUUGCAAAUAGCAAUUGCACAGAACAAACAAUUAAAUUGUGAAUAAAAAUUGGAAUAAUAAUAUAUUAACUCAUUCACUCCCAGCCAUUUUCACCGGAGCAACCCCCUUCGCUCACGGCAGUUUUAAUGGAUUUUGACUGAUUUUGCAAGGCCCACAGAAAAUUCUGUUCUAUUGCUAUAUAAACAUGGAACCCACCAAAGGAAAGAUUACUCUCUUCUCUUAGAAGGAAAAAAAGUAAGCUCAUAUCUUUUUCCAUUCUUUAGAUAUCAGCAUUAGAAAAUAGCUUAGUUUGAGCAGUUUUCCAAUUUCUGACGAAAAAACAGACAAAUUGAGCUUUUUGUAAAAGCAUAUAUUUCAAACAUUGACUUUAACACUGCUAUUUUUUGCUUUUGUGACAUCCCAAACAUUUGAAUAAUGUUUUUCUUCUACAAAAUAACAUAAACAACAAGACAAAUAGAGCUUUUGAUUGCAAAGUAACAAUUUAUUUACACAUAACUAAACUAUUGAACUGAGAGAUAACGCUGUUGUGGCCGCGGCUGUAUCGGCAGACGGGGUAAAUUUUUCCCUCAUCUCCGCCUGUCCGUCCCAUCAAGAUAGAUUUUUUUUUUUUAAUCUUUCUUUUGUAGUGACCGCUACCUCAUAACAGAAUUCACCUAGGGAACUUGUGUGGGGCUUGUGCCUUGUGUUUACAUCAUUCUUCACAUUUUUCUGACGCUUCUUACUUUUUCCAACUUCCGUUUCCUGACUAUUUCUCUUCAUUCAUUUCCUUUCACGGUCUGAUGUUUUUUUGUUUUUUUUUUAAAACCUGUCUUGUUCAGCUGUUUGACACAGAGAAUGGAAGUCUAAGUGCCCGGUUGGUCUGAACAGUUUUAAUGUCUCACAUUGAGAGUAUGGCAUACUCCCAUUGUGAUCAUUCAACAUACCUUCUUUAUUAUGACAAAGCAGCGAACAGGAAGGGGUUAUGUAGGAACAGAAGAAAAGAAACACAAGACAAGAAAGAAAAGAAACACAAACAAACAACAACAAGAAAUACAUUGAACGUCUACACUACCUACUAAUGUGUUGGUGCUAUCGUCAGCUAAAUGUAUUUCCGGUUGACACCAUGUGGGGGGCCUGUUGACCAGGGAAAGAGGGGGACGGGGGUGGGGGAGUCUAUAAGCUAAGUGGUUGAAAGGGUAGAGUGUACACAAAUCAGCUCUGUGAUCUGGAACCCAGUAAUCGUGUGAAUCCCUUGUGAGUGUAAGCCGGUUGGUGACCGACCUUACGCCGCCCCAUCGCCACUGCCGGCACCGGGACCCCCCACCCGAGCGCGCCCUAUCACAUCCUGCCACACGCGAGCCCCACCAAGUGCGUGACAGCCACGCAGGGGAGCGGAGACACCACGCGGGCGCCAACCCAGGGCCACGGCCCCCACCCAACCAGCCCGGGGAGAGGUUCAGAGCAGCCCAUCCCUCCUCCCACAGCCCAGCAAAGGAGCCAUCAUCCCCCUCCAGGAUCCAGGUGGGUCCCCCGGGCCACCCGCGCACUCAUCAACCGGCCUUCAGAGGGAUAGCAAGAGGGGACGCACCACCAACUCCAUGAAAAUGAGUUAAUAGUAAAAAUAAUACCUGUAAUAAUGUAACGAAUUGGGUUCUAAUGUGGCAGAUGUAUUUUUGCGUGGUGUUCCUGAACGUGGGGACGUGCCAGGGUGAGGGAGGGCUUUUUACUUUCACUUUACCUGGUCAGCUGCGGGGGACAGUUGGCGUUUUGUGUUGCACAAGUUGAUGGAAUAAAUUAUUAAAAACCUGACAAAGCUGGUGAUUUAUUUGGCGAUGUUACCACAGUAAUAAUGGUCACCUUAACUUAUAACGACUGGCGAACGGAAGUCAGAGGAGGACCGUCAAGAGUAGACAUUCUAUGGCCAUAUUGUCAAGCCAGUUCAUGGAUGCGCACACGACGCUCAUAUUUUUCUAUUAUUUCCAACCUAAGCAUAAGAAUCACCUUUUUUUUUUUUUCACCACCUGCACUAAAAUUGUUGGAACCCAUGUUGAUUGCUCUCACAAGAAAACCUUCCGUGCAUCCAUCUUGUGGGAAACAAAGAAACUGCACCGCUGUCAUAGAUCGUCGUAUUUCGAGCAUGUCGUCAGAUGUAGAAACAAAUGGAGAGUCAAAUUUUACGUCCGAUGUCGAAAAGAUCGUGUGUCGAAGCCAUCGGAUGUCGAGGUACCACUGUAAUGGCAUUCAUGCCAUGCCAACAUUAUACUUAAAAGUGAAAAUAGUACUUUUUAGGUAAUGUUACGUUGUUCUUGGAAGAUAAUGUUUUACUUGACACUUUACAAAUUAUUUAUUCUCAGAGUUUAUUCUUGAAAGUGAUCAUUUUUUACUUAUCAUAUUACUUAUUGUGACUUCAUUUUCACAAAAUGGCAACUUUAGUGUAGGAAAUUGACCACUUGAUAGUCAAUGUCUGAGUAUAUCAACUUUUAAUCAUGAAUGUACACCUUUUUUUUUUGAGGGGGGGGUUGACAUAUUUAUCAUGACAUUAUUUUUUCCCCUAAUAUUUGAUUGCUGAAAGACUGACUUUACUCAAGGCAAUAACUAGGGAUCCUCCGUCAAGGUUUCAUGAUGCCGAUUCCGAACAUUUUGCAUUGUAUAAGGAAAAAAAUCCUUGUCACUUGUGAAACUUGCAUAAGGCUUUCAAUGUACAAGUAGGCUGUUCAUGACGCUUUUCAUGAUGUUUUGCAGGCUGCAAAUUUAGAUUUUUCACUCCGUAGACAUCCGUGAUGCUCACUAGCUGUCGUUUGUGUCUGCGAGGACAUAGUAUCCUUCCAUGCAGGCUCAGUAGAUGCUAUUUACAAGGGAGUAGUAACCCUGAACGAAGGCUCAAAAGCUUGCCCAAAAGACGCCAGUUAUUUAUUUUGAUAAAUAAAUGGUAAUGAUCGAUGGGAGCUAGAGUACUUCUUGAGUCGGCAUUUCUUGGAAGAUAUUCAGCUUUUUUUAUCGUAAAGUAACGUUGUCUUUUGUGAUAUUUCAAAUUUAUUCAGCUUGUUUUUCCUUUAAUCUUUCACAAAAGUUGCAAUUUCAUCAGAUUUUUUUUCAUUAGCUAUUUGUUUUUGAAAAUUUUUGUUUACCUUUUUUUUAACAUUAGGUUUUGAGGUAAAUUGUCACAUUGAUCUUAAAACAAUCUAACUUUUUUUAUAUUACAAGUAUUCAUUUUGGGAAAUGGCGACGUGUAAUUUGACAGUUCAUCCUCACUUUAGACUACUGUACUAUAAAGUUGCAUGUUUUUCAUAAUAUUACAACUGUUUUCUUGGAAAAUGAGACUGAAUCAAAUCAGUCAACAGAAUAUGACUUAUUCUCAUCAAUUUGACUUUAGGGUAAGAUAUUGAUUUCUUUAAUUUCCACUGGGUUUUCAUAUAAAAUGUCCAUGUAGACGUCAAAUAAUGACUACCGUAAUUUUCGGACUAUAAGCCACUACUUUUUUCAUUAAUUUUGAAUCCUGCAGCUUAUAGUCCAGUGCGGCGUAUUUGUUGAUUUAUUUGGGUUAAUAGUUACCACUUUUUUUGACAGCAGCUUCAUAAGACCGUCAUAAUUAUGACAUGACACUCUCAUGGGCAUUACUGAACGCUUAUGACAGAUGUCAUUAAGUGUCAUCUGGCAAAUUAUGUCACCAACUCCAUUUGUGUCCAUCUUGGAUGUUUUACAUCCAUUCAAAAUGUGAGAAUUUGCCAGAUAACACUAAAAGACAUCUGCUAUAAACAUUCAUAAUGCUCAUGAGUCUCAUGUCAUAAUUAUGAUUGUCUAAUGACAGUCUUAUGGCGCCACUGUCAAAUAACGUGUAACAAAAUACCACAACUAGCAAUUAAUUAAAAGACUGGAACAGUAACUGGAGAAAUAAUUGGAACAGUACAUGAAUUUUGACUGUUAUUUAUAUCUGUAGCGCUGCAAUGCAUGCUGAGAGGCAUGUUGGACGACAACAGUGUUGACAGCAGGUGGUAGCAGAAGUUGACGGUCUCCUCCAAGGGAACAGUGAUGGCCAAAUGAAGCUUCUUUUAUUAAUAAUUAAUUGAUUAUGCUUUGCAGCUCAUUGGUUCAAAGCUUCAUGGUGGUACAUUUGGUCUUAGACAGCCUUAUGAUGCCGCUGUCAAAUAAAGUGUUACCGGUUAGUAUCUUUUGUGAAUAUCCCAUAAUACAGUGAGGAAGGCUGCGGCUUAUAGUACAGUGCGGCAUAUUUAUGAACAAAUGUCGUUUUCGUGUCAAAUUUGGUGUGCGGCGGCUUAGUCAGGUGCGCCUUUUAGUGCGAAAAUUACGGUAUUUGCAUUUUACCAUUUGAUACAUUGGUAAAACAUCAAAGCUCAUGACAGGUUACAUAACAUCAUGCUAAUGUAAGACCUGAUAACAGCCAGUUCUUUUACACCCAAGUGUCUGUUAAUUCCUAAUGGAAAAAUAGCUUAAGUAAUCACCCCGUAAUGAAUAUUAAUGCUUUUUGCGUUUAGAAUGGCUCGAGUGUCCAAGCCUUUCAGCACAAAUUUACAUUUGAAGUCGAAUGGAGUUGAAUAGACAAAUGAGAAAGUUUUUGUAUAGCCUUGAGGAUGUCAUUUAUUCAUUUGCUGCUAUUGACGGCAGUAGACAGUCAAUGAGAUAACUUUUCUUUUUUUAAAUAGUUUUUGAAUGUAUUUAGCAUGACACAGCCAACCACUUGGCUAUCUUCAUUUUAAAACCUUUUAUUUAUUUUUUUAACCUGAAUGUUCAAACCGUUCCAGUGUUUGAAUUUCCGGUUUAAUGUCAAACUAUAAGUGUAGAGAAAAACAGCAAGUGUCCACUUUGUGUGUCCUGCAUGGAGCACUUUAAUGUUCCUGGUCUUGUUUAUUUGUGAUGUCACCUUGCGACUAUGUUGUAUUCACACACAUGCUCUAAUGUACACAUGUAAAUAAAACCGUAGUUUGAUGUUGAUUGUACCACCAGCUAUAAUAAAUAAAUAAAUAAAUAAAAACAGUGAAAAGAAAGAACAGGUGGGUGAAACGGACGCAGGCAGAGGGUUGAGCUGGACCGGAUGAUGAAUAAUGUACGCAUGACAGAAAGAGCACAGCUUUUUUUUUUUUUUUUUUUUAAAUAAAGCUUUUCCAGUUAAGAGCACAGAAGGAAGCACUGUUCUAAUGCAUUUUAAUGGUGUCAAAUAUGCUGUAGAUAUGAAACUUUUUUUUUUUGCCAAAAUAAGAAUAAAAACAUGUUUUACUAUAGACUUUGUAUGCGUUUGUGUAUUUUAAUGCUGCUUUGAAGUGAAUAAAAGCCAAUGCAGUUUUUACCAAAAAGAUGAAAAUAGGAAAUUGAAAUACAAUUUUAAUUCAUUAUCAAACUUUUGACAAAUCGUUUGGAAAAUCAAUGAUUUUCAUUUUAAAAUAUGUAGAAAGUUCAACAGCGCUGCACACAAAAGCCUAAGUUCAGACUUCUAAGGUUAUUUUAGAUAAAAUGAGAUGUAAUAACUAGAAACUGCAAUUUCUGGAGAAAUUACAAUGGGGCUUGGCUGUGGUAGAUAGAGAUCUAUUAGAUCACUUCCUGUUGAUUUGGGAUAUUUCAGGGACACUUCCUGCUGAUAUUUUGAAGUACAUGGCCGUCAAUGGCAUCGACAUACUUGGGCACCAGUUGAAUGUCAGUGGGCUGUAAUGGUAAGUGUAUGGCCAAAAAUCAAAACCAUACAUUAUUCUGCCACUGAAAAUGAAUGGAAAAUUUGGACGUACAUUGCUGUCAAUGGCAUGGACGUGCAUCGCUGUCAGUGGCAUCAAAUUCCUUAUGCGCCAGUUGAAUGUCAAUGGGCUGUAAUGGUACACUAAGUGUAUGGUCAAAAAUCAAAACCAUACACGUUUUUCUGCCAUUGAAAAUGAUUGGGAAAUUUGGACGUACAUGGCCGUCAAUGUCAUGGACUCAUUUGGGCGCCAGUUGAAUGCCAAUGUGCUGUAAUGGUAAGCGGUCAAAAAUCACAACCCCCUUUUGUCCUUCCAUUGGAAAAAGAAGGGGAAAUGUUUGCCAUAGAAAUGAAUGGAAUUAACAUGGCCGUCAAUUGCAUCCCCAAUAGAAAUGAAUGGGCAAGUUUUCAGCAAAUUUUGAAGGAACCUUAAAUUUUUGGCAAAUUCUUUAUACAACCUUUAUGCUCCUUGCAGUCUUGGAAUUUCUGAUGUGUAAAUUUUGCAAUUUGGUCACAAAUUGUAGGACUAGAUACAUUUGCGUGAAAAAAAAUCUGAAAAAUCCACAUUUACGGGUGAACGGAAAAUUUUGGAGGGGUCAUCUGAAAAUUCCCUGCGUCGCGCAAAAAUUCCGGUCAUUUUGAUAUUUGAAUGGUGACGGUCUGUCAAACGGUUUGAACUGUGUGGUGCGCCAAAGAAACGCCAUUUGAAAAACAAAAAAAAAGGAAUAGUAUCAUAUUGGCCCCAUCUAAUAAAUGUUUGAUCCUUAGUGGAAAAAAAAAA